AUGAUUAUUAAAUUCUUAUUAUACUUUAUAAUUUCAUAUCCAGAGGAAUGUUACACAGAAGAAAAUGCCACUUAUGAUGAUGAUGAAAUAUUCCAAUAUCCAGAUAGUUUCUAUGAAGACGACGACUUUACAGCUCGAAAAAAUAAUGAGAUAUGGGUUCCUCGUAUAAUGAAUGGUGAACCAGCUAAAUUAGGAGAUAUUCCAUAUCAGGUAUCACUGAAAACAUUAAAGAAUGAUGGUUUUUAUAGAAGUUUUUGCGGUGCAUCCAUAAUAGGAGAGAAGAAGAUCCUUACUGCUGCACAUUGUUUUCUGGGAAAUAAACGGAUUUCUGUUGUUUUAAUGACAGGAACGAUUGAUAAAGGUAGCCUAAGUGAUAUUUACGCAGUAGCUGGUAAUCUAAUGAAUGAAGGUAAAUACAGCUUGGACAAUGAUUUCGGCCAAUGGAGAAGCUUGUCAAGCGUCAGAUACUCCAAAAAUUAUAAAAGGCCUAAACAUGAUAUAGCAGUUGCUUAUUUAGAUGACCCCUACAUAUAUAAUAAAUAUAUUGGCCCUAUUCCAAUAGCGACGAAAAAUCAAGAUUAUAACAGUCUAUGCUUGGUUUCAGGGUACGGCAAAACAGGGGGAGACAAAAAGAUUUCAAGUGAAAUUCUUUUAAAAGGCUAUUUGGAAAUAAUGACUUCGGUCGACUGCAGUGAACUGUACCACUACAACAUGGAAACGUUUAUAUGUACUGCUGAAGAGUUCUCAGACACUGGAAGGGGUGAUUCUGGUGGGCCUCUAGUAUGCUCUAAUACGAGUGAUCCGAACGAAAGUGACAUUGGAGUAUUAGUUGGUAUUGCAAGGUCUCACAGUCCAAACCGAUCCUCUUUAUUUGUCAGAGUCUCUAAAUACUACAACUUCAUAACUAAAGAAACGACUGCAGUUGUUGGGUACAACAAAUACGGGUAUCUAUAUUCUAGUUGUAUUGCUCACAAAGUUGACCUCUAUUUGCUUGUUUUGUUAAUAUUUCUUAUCAUUGAAAUCUGUGUUAAGUUACCAGAUACAAUUAGUUUUUUUUCCUGGCCGGGAUACCAUUGA